CCUCGUUCUGGAGACAGUCCAGGAAUAUAAAGCCUUUGUCCGGCUUUCUCAAAUUAUUGCCGAGCCACACCGCUACUUUUUACAUUCAUUGGAGAACUUCUCGCACAAUUUCUAACAAUGAGGGAGAUUGUUCACAUCCAAGCCGGUCAGUGCGGAAACCAAAUCGGUGCCAAGUUUUGGGAGGUGAUCAGCGAUGAACAUGGAAUCGACCCAACCGGAACCUAUCACGGAGACAGUGACCUCCAGCUGGACAGAAUUAGUGUCUACUACAAUGAGGCUACAGGUAAAUAUGUGCCAAGAGCCAUUCUAGUGGAUCUGGAGCCUGGUACCAUGGACUCUGUGCGUUCAGGGCCCUUUGGACAGAUCUUCAGACCUGACAACUUUGUAUUUGGACAGAGCGGUGCUGGUAAUAACUGGGCCAAGGGCCACUACACGGAAGGUGCUGAGCUUGUAGAUUCAGUUCUGGAUGUGGUCCGCAAGGAGUCCGAGAGCUGUGACUGCCUGCAGGGCUUCCAGCUCACUCACUCCCUCGGCGGUGGAACCGGCUCCGGCAUGGGUACCCUGCUGAUCAGCAAAAUCCGCGAAGAGUACCCAGACCGCAUCAUGAACACAUUCAGCGUGGUGCCUUCGCCAAAAGUCUCUGACACCGUAGUGGAGCCUUACAACGCCACGCUGUCGGUUCAUCAGCUGGUGGAGAACACAGACGAGACCUACUGCAUAGACAAUGAAGCCUUAUAUGAUAUCUGCUUCCGCACCCUCAAACUCACCACCCCCACAUAUGGCGACCUCAACCAUCUUGUGUCCGCCACCAUGAGUGGUGUCACCACCUGCCUGCGCUUCCCCGGCCAGCUCAACGCCGACCUUCGCAAGUUAGCCGUCAACAUGGUGCCAUUCCCCCGUCUGCACUUCUUCAUGCCCGGCUUCGCUCCUCUGACAAGCCGAGGCAGCCAGCAGUACCGCGCCCUCACCGUGCCUGAGCUCACGCAGCAAGUUUUCGACGCCAAGAACAUGAUGGCGGCCUGCGACCCAAGACAUGGGCGCUACCUGACCGUCGCCGCUGUCUUCCGAGGCCGCAUGUCUAUGAAGGAAGUGGACGAGCAGAUGCUGAACGUCCAGAACAAGAACAGCAGCUACUUCGUGGAAUGGAUCCCCAAUAACGUUAAAACCGCCGUCUGCGAUAUUCCACCUAGGGGUCUCAAAAUGGCCGUCACCUUUAUUGGUAACAGCACGGCCAUCCAAGAGCUGUUCAAGCGUAUCUCCGAGCAGUUCACGGCUAUGUUCAGGCGUAAGGCUUUCCUGCACUGGUACACGGGCGAGGGGAUGGACGAGAUGGAGUUCACCGAGGCCGAGAGCAACAUGAAUGACCUGGUGUCCGAGUACCAGCAGUACCAGGACGCCACCGCCGAGGAAGAGGGCGAAUUCGAGGAAGAAGCCGAGGAUGAUGCUUAAGAAGGAAACUAAAGGGUGUUUUGGGGAGGUGGUAGUGUGUUUAAGUUUUGAGUAAAUGUAGCAAAACUUUUAUGGAAGUGUCUCAAUCAGAUGAAGUAGAAAUUAGCACUAGACAAAAAGGGGCCAAAAAUGAACAGAGGAAGGCAGAAAGAAUGUUUUUUAAACAUGGAUUAGAGUGGGUAACAGUGUUUACGAUUACAGUUCACUCUUUUUAGUGUGUAUGAGUGUAUUAGUUUACCAUUCUGAUGGUGCGGUACAGAACAGGGAAGCGAAAAGUGGCAAACAUCCAGGUAGAAUCAGUGUUACAAAUUGGGAGGACUGUAACAUCUCAUUUAAGUUUUAUUUGAACGUUUGCUUCUUUUAUCUACAAGUAACUUCAGUGAAAUUUAUCGUGUUUUAUUUGUGUGAUUUCUUUUGUUACUAUUGCACUAGAACAGGGCAGCUCUGUGAAAUAAUGGCACUUCAAUGUGACCUCCAGGGGUCUGAUUGCAGUAUUGCAAGAAAUGUUUGGAAAAGAUAAGCAUGUCAUGGAAAUGGUUAUGGAAAAGGACUGAUGGAAUGACAGGGUUAUUGAAUCUUGGCCUCACUUGGACGCCAACCAACGUCUACAGGAGGACAUAAAUCAAUGGAUGGCAAGGGCAAUACAGGAAAGGGAAGUAUUUUAGAUUAGGCAAAUAGAAAGACAAGCAUGUUGAAUGGAUUGUUGGUGCAAUUUUUUAAUUCAUGGACUCUGUUAUGUCUUAUUUCUGAGCCCAUCGUUUUAAGUGUUAUAUUGUUGAUUAUAUAUUUCAACAGUUUUGAUGUUCCUUGAUUGUCCCUGUGUGGAAGGAAACUGAGCCUCUGGAGAAAACCAAAAUAAAAAUGAAAACAAUUUAGUUAAAAAUCAA